UAUUUUUCAUUUUUAUAUAUUCGGUGUUGGUAGCAAUGAUCAAUAUGCAACCAUGAGAGCGGUUACAAUUUCCUUGUUUGGAUUUCUUCUUGUCAUCGCAGCCACCAUUAUUAGCUUUUGUGAUGGGAAUUCCAAUGUACUUUGCAUUGAAAGUGAAAGGCAAGCUCUUUUGAAGUUCAAGCAACACCUAAUUGAUCGAUCAAACAGGCUAUCUUCUUGGGUUGAAGGUGAGGAUUGCUGUGAAUGCCUUGGUGUUUUAUGCAAAAACUUGACCGGCCAUGUCAAAAUGCUGCACUUGGGGCUUAGUAGUCCUUAUGAGGAUGCGUCAGAUGCUGAAUGGGAUGCUUAUGUUGGGUCAAAGCUAGGAGGCGAAAUAAAUCCUUCUUUGAUCGAGUUGAAACAUCUCAGUUUCCUAGACUUAAGCAACAACGACUUUGGAGGCCUGGCGAUUCCCGAAUUCAUUGGUUCGCUGAAGAGUUUGACAUACCUUAACCUCUCUUCGGCAAAUUUCCAAACGCCAAUUCCCCAUAAUCUUGGAAAUCUCUCAAAAUUGAAUUAUCUUGAUCUUGGACACAAUUGCCUAUUUGAAGCUAAAACUCUUCAAUGGGUUUCUGUUCUUUCGUCUUUGCUGUAUCUUGAUUUGAGUUAUGCAAAUCUUACUAAAGCAACUGAUUGGCUGCAGGCAACACACAAACUUCCUUCUUUGGUGGAGUUACACUUGUCAGGAUGCUUUCUAAAUAAUAAUCCAUCUCCAAUCAGUGUUAAUUACACAUCUCUUACUGUUCUUGAUCUUUCCAGAAACACGUUGUCUUCGGUACCUACAUGGAUAUUCAGUCUUCGUAGUCUUGUGUCCAUUGAUCUUAACUCUAAUGGAGUUGAAGGUGUGAUUCCCAAUGGUUUUCGAGACAUGUCUUCUCUCAAAUUUCUUGAUCUUAGCUUCAAUUCAUUCUCUUCAUCAUCGACACUCAACUGGUUGUCUAAUUUAAACCGACUUCAAUUCCUUGGUCUUCGUGGUGUCAGCCUGCAAGGUAAUUUUUCAAUUGCCACUGGAAACUUGAGCUCUCUUACUUUUCUUGAUCUUUCAGAUAACCAGCUUGAAAUUAUAGAACCCAAAUGUUUGGAAAGUCUUUGCAAUCUGAGAGAGAUGGAUUUGUCAAAUAAUGGAAUUGAUCAAGAGGUAUCAGAAGUCAUAGAGAGUUUGUCUAGAUGUAGUUUGGAUCGAUUAGAAUCAUUAAAUAUUGCAUCUAACCAACUUUCUGGCCAUUUACCUGACCAACUUGGCCAAUUUAAAAAUUUGGUAUACCUUUCCCUCUCUGGAAACUCCAUUUCUGGUCCCAUUCCAUUCUCAAUAGGGAAGUUAUCAUCAUUGAAAGUUCUUGAUGUUUCACACAAUCGAUUGAAUGCAACUCUCCCUCAAAGUUUAGGACAACUAGGGAAUUUGGAACAUUUAGACGUUAGCAAUAAUAUGUUGGAAGGAAAUAUAUCAGAAAUGCACUUUUCUGAUCUCACGAGAUUAGAUUAUUUUUCGCAUCUAACAACAUGUUAACGUUUAAACCAAAUCCAAGUUGGAUUCCUCCUUUUCACUGUGAUAGUAUUGAAUUGCGUAACUGCCAUCUUGUUCCGCAAUUUCCUCAGUGGCUACAAUUCCAAAAGAAUUUGUCUCUUUUAGAU